AUGUUGUUUCCUAAGCUCUUUCUGUUGACCACCGGCUUGAUCUGCCUAAGUGAUUGCAAGUCCACCUCUGGAGCUUAUACCUCAUCUCAGGAGUGGAAAAAAGCCGUCACCAACGCUAAAGACUUUCUUGCUAAGCUCACACUUGAAGAGAAAGCGUACAUUGCCACCGGUGUUGCAGGACCAUGCACAGGAAGCAUCGCACCGAUUGAGCGCUUGGGCUUUCGCGGCAUAUGCAUUCAAGAUGGUCCUUUGGCAAUCCGACCAGCUGACUUUGCCAGCGUGUAUCCAGCCGGCGUUUCUGUUGGAGCAAGUUGGGAUAAGCAACUUGCCUACGAGAGAGGCUUCCUUCUUGGGGAGGAGUUCAAAGCAAAAGGAGCUCAUGUAAUGCUUGGCUAUCAAAGUAUUAUUGGGACUCGAACAGUCGGAAUGCAGCCAUGCGUCAAACAUUAUGUCGGCUAUGAGCAGGCUACCGGCCAAAACCCAACUACGAACGCGGACGGAGUAGUCAUUGAGGGUUAUUCAUCGAAUAUUGAUGACCGCACCAUGCAUGAAUUAUACUCGUGGCCCUUUGCAAAAGCAGUAAGGGCUGGGGUAUCAUCGGUUAUGUGCGCCUAUUCAAGAAUCAAUGGCUCAUACGCCUGUGAAAACCCCAAGACUCUCGACGGGAUCUUGAAGGAGGAGCUUGGCUUCCCAGGCUAUGUUAUGAGCGAUUGGGGUGCGACUAUGUCGGGCGUCCAAGCCAUCGAAAGCGGCUUAGACAUGACCAUGCCAGGCGCAUUAAUGGGCUCUGGCCGUACAACUUGGGGCUUCUCAUUAUUUGGCGGCAACCUCACUCAAGCGGUGGAGAAUGGAACCUUGUCCAUGUCACGCGUUAACGACAUGGUGCUCCGAAUAAUGACUCCUUACUUUUAUCUGAACCAGGAUGAUAAGCACUGGCCGCUCAUUGAUCCAAGUUCUCAGGAACUGGGUGAUUUCUCUGACAGCAUGGCAAACUACUCCUGGCCAGUUGGCGGGGAAGCGCAUCGGGACGUGCGUGGGAACAAUGCAGCUUUCAUUCGGAAACUUGGAGCAGAGUCACUGACUCUGCUCAAGAAUAAAAAUAGUGCUCUGCCGAUUAAAGAAAUCCCUCGCUACAUUGGGGUCAUUGGUAACGAUGCAGCUGAAAAGUCGGCCGGACUGGCAUCCAGCCCCGACUCCGAAGCCAUCGGCACGUUUGCGACUGGUGGUGGAAGUGGCUCAGGACGGCUCACUUACAUCGUGUCUCCCUUGGAAGCAAUCAAGGCGUGGGCCAAAGGGAGAUCAGAUUCCUUGGUCCAGUAUCUGACCGACAAUGAGUUGACCCCCGGCCUUCUUCACCCAACCAAUGUGGGCUUUGGCGACUCCAUCUACCCCAUUCCAGAAGUAUGUUUCGUCUUCCUUCGAUACUACGUAGCUGAAGGACCGGAUCACAGUGAUUUCGAUCUAAAUAACAAUGGAAGUUCAGUUGUGAACUCAGUGGCCUCUAUCUGCAAUAACACAAUCGUGGUUACCCACUCUGGAAACGUGAACCUGAUGGACUGGGCAGAUCAUCCUAAUGUCACAGCCAUCAUGAUGGCCUACAUGCCCGGUCAAGAAUCCGGAAAUGCUAUUCUAGACGUAAUCACCGGCAAAGUCAACCCCAGCGGCAAACUGCCAUUUACAGUCGCUUACAACGCCAGCGAUUACAACACAGCUUCCUUGAACUUCACAGCCAUGAACAUCACAGAUCCAAAUGGACGGCAGAUCAAUUUCACAGAAGGGCAAUUUAUCGACUACCGCCAUUUCGACAAGGCAGGAAUCACUCCGAGGUACGAAUUCGGGUACGGCCUAUCCUACACAACAUUCUCCAUCCAGGAACUGUCCCUCGAGCCCACGAACAAAGGGAAUGUGGCCUCGCUUCCCGAUAACAGCAGAGCUAUACAGCCUGGCGGACACCCAGACCUCUAUGAAAUCCUCAUCACCGUUGAGUCCAAUGUAACCAAUACUGGAGCGUUGGCGGGAGCAACGGUACCUCAGCUAUAUCUUGCCUUCCCGCAAGACACGACUCCUCCUGGAACCCCGGUCAAGGUGCUUCGAGGCUUUGACAAGAUAUAUCUCGAAGCUGGAUGUAGUCGAACGGUGACAUUUGAGCUAACCCGCAAGGAUGUGAGCUUUUGGAAUGUAGUGAAGCAACAGUGGGAGAUCCCCGCUGGUACCUUUGAGGCUAUGGUUGGGUUGAGCAGUCGGAAGGUCUCGGUUAAGAAGCAGUUUGAUGUGCUUAAACGUCGGUGA